GGCGCAUAGCUCAAAACUUUAAACUUUAAUUGAACUAACCUCUUUUCGUCAAUAUCUCUUGGUCUUAUCUAAUAUUUUUCAUUUGCGUUUAUUGCGGUGAGCCGUUGGGUGAGGUUUGUUUGAAUGUAAAGCAACUUUUCAAUCAACUGAAUUGUUAUUGUUUAUUAUUGGAAUAAUAUUUUUCUACAUUCAGAUUGGAUUGCCUCAAAAAUGUCGUCACAACAACCUCUUUUUUUGUCAGAUGAAACUGUCAAGUCCUUACUGAAAUGGGAAACUUUAAUUCCAGCAGUUGAAGGAGCAAUGCGAGAUUUGUCGAAAAAAGAUGUACUUCAACCUCCACGUCUCAUUUUACCUAUUCCAUCUAAAAAUGGAGCUUUACUAGCAAUGCCUGCGUUUAGCAAGUCCGAAUCAGCCCUAGGAUGUAAGAUAGUCACAUCGUUCCAGAACAACCAAGAGAAGGGCUUACCGUCCAUUAUGGGCACAAUACUUUUCAUGGACUCUGAUACUGGAAAAUUGAAAGUGAUAAUGGAGGGAACAGAGAUAACAGCAUGGAGGACGGCAGCUGCAUCAGUGGUCGCAACCAAGCAUCUACAUGUGGGCGAGAAGAAAGUGCUCGCUAUUCUGGGGGCCGGAACCCAGGGGAGGAUUCAUGCGCUUGCCAUGCGUCACUAUUUCAACUUCCACGAGGUUCGUAUCUGGAACAGGACCGAGUCGCGUGCCAAAGCGUUGUGCAGCGAGCUUGGUUCGUGGGCGACUCACUACAGCAACAAGGAGAGGUGUGUGAGGGACGCUGACGUCAUCGUCACAGCCACCUACUCACCCACUCCAAUUGUUCGUCUCAGUUGGCUCAAGCCGGGCGCUCAUAUCAAUGCAAUUGGAUUCGGUGUGAAACAUCACAACGAGCUGGAGGAUGAGAUCUACAAAUCGGAGAGCACAGUUGUUUGGGUCGACCACAUGGAGGCUGCUCAGAAAGAGUUAGCCGAACUCAUAAAUAACGGUGUGCGCAUGCGCGGAGAGGUUGGACAGGCCAUGACACUCACCCACGCGCAAACUCAAUCCAGCAAUAUCACUGUUUUUCAUUCUCUUGGGAUGGCGGUUGAAGACGUUGUAGCAGCCAAAGUCGUAUUUGAAGCUCACAAGGAAAAGAUUGAUGCUGCUAAUAACAGACCUUCCAAUUGAAUUUUUGGACUUUAGGAAUUUCCAAUUUUUUAGCAAUCGAUUUUCUAUUUAUCACUCGUAAAUUCGUGAAUUUCUACCACCUUGAUCCUGAUCAAGGCUAUUGUAAACAAAUAUCAUUAUGAGUUUCUGAAACACUGGCCAUUAUUUUAUAUAAGAUAUUCCAUAACUGAAUAUUUUUCUAUUGUUUGAAAGUAUUUGAAUAAAUAUAUUAUAUUCUAUUGUUAUUACAUAUACAUAUUGUGUAUUUAAAAAUAUAUUAUUCUCUUUAUUCUCGCAAUUGA